ACUAAACGACGGUAUAGUAGUUAAAUUCAUUAAUCGUAUGGAUUUCAAUAAAAUUUUACUGCGAUCUUUGUUUUUACUUUCAGUGAUCAUAUUACAAGAAGUGAAUGGACGAACGGGAACUGGAGUGAUCUUCAAUUUAGAACAGUUUAUCUUAGACCUUUGGGAAAACUUGUGCGAACGUUUGGCUGAAACAUUCAGAUGUCUUUUGAACGCAUUACCAGUAUCUCUUGGAGGUGCGAAUAAAACCUGUUACCCAUAGUAACAGCAAAAGAUUUUACUUCCUAAAAUUUUAUAAAACAAAACACAUCAGUUAUAAAUAAAAAAAUUUU